AGAGCAGGGAGGCCGACAGCCACGCCAGGCUCCAGGGCGGUGGAGGGUGGGAGGCGGCCAGCUUGACCUGUCCAGCCCUGGGGAAGAGAGGAAUGACCUCACCUCCACCCAACCCUGGGAGGUGGUGAACCCUGAGCAGACGGGGCAGCUGCGGAGUGAGGUCGCUAAACGGCCACCAAGCAGGGGAAGUUCUGGCAGGGAGUGAGGAAUGUGGGGGAGUAGGGGCCAGGCCUGGCCCGGCGGCUGAAGCCAGCGGCAAGUAGCAGAGCUGGACGUCCUGGGCUCUCGGAGGGUGGAAGGGGAACCUCUGAAUCAGGGAGAACCGGGCGGAGACCCAGCAGGUGGCAGGAGCAAAGAGGCAGCAGUGGGCGAGAGGAGGUGCCCACCUCAUCCCCUGCUGAGAGUCUAGCCAUGACCCAGCCUGGGGGGCACAGGAGGAGGCCUGGGACCCCGGGGCCCCCUGUGUGCAGCAUCCGGCCCUUCAAGUCCAGCGAGCAGUACCUGGAGGCCAUGAAGGAAGACCUGGCUGAGUGGCUUCGGGAUCUCUACGGGCUGGACAUCGACGCGGCCAGCUUCCUGCAGGUGCUGGAGACGGGCCUGGUGCUGUGCCGGCAUGCCAACGCCGUCACCGAGGCUGCCCUGGCCUUCCUGGCUGAGGCACCUGCCCGAGCCCAGAGGAUUCCCAUGCCCCGGGCUGGCGUUUGCUGCAACGGGGCCGCCCAGCCAGGUACCUUCCAGGCCAGGGACAAUGUCUCCAACUUCAUCCAGUGGUGUCGCAAGGAGAUGGGCAUCCAAGAGGUGCUGAUGUUCGAGACGGAGGACUUGGUGCUGCGCAAGAACGUGAAGAACGUGGUGCUGUGCCUGCUGGAGCUGGGCCGCCGGGCCUGGCGCUUCGGCGUCGCGGCGCCCACCCUGGUGCAGCUGGAGGAGGAGAUCGACCACGAGCUGCGGCGGGAGCUGGCCCUGCCCCCGCCCGACCCCCAGCCGCCCGCGCCCCCCACGCGCCAGCCCUGCCACUUCCGCAACCUGGACCAGAUGGUGCAGAGCCUCCUGAGCCACUGCACGUGCCCAGUGCAGUUCUCCAUGGUCAAGGUGUCUGAGGGGAAGUACCGAGUGGGGGACUCCAACACCCUCAUCUUCAUCCGGAUCCUCCGGAACCACGUGAUGGUACGUGUGGGGGGCGGCUGGGACACGCUGGGCCAUUAUCUGGACAAACAUGACCCCUGCCGGUGCACGUCCCUCUCACACAAGCCGGGCAGCCUCCUGAAGCCCCCCGCCCCACUGGUGCAGCACGAAGUGAGGGUGCAGGACGGCCCCUCGCAGCCCCAGCCUACGAUGACCAUCAGCCGCUCCCAGAGCCCACUGCCCCCCGUGGACUGGAAGACAUAUACUUCUUCAGGCCGAAAGCUGAGGCCCCCCACCGCCUCCUCACCCAGACCCCGCAGUGAGCGGGGAGCAGGGCUGGGGGUUCUCAGGUGCCAGGAGAGGUCUCUCACCCCAUCGCGGAGGCAGCCGCCAGCUGGGCACAGCCCACCCAGCACCCGAUCCUCAUACACCCGCGGGGGCCAAGACCCACGGCGUACCUCCUCCAGGAAGAGGGAGGACAGAGACCCCCCUGAACUCCCCAGGGGAAGGACUCCCACAUCUUGGGUUCAUGAGGAAAAAGACAGCCAGGAAAUCACGGCUGGGACUCCGACUCCCCAAAGACUCCGAGCCCCUGAGGCCACCACCAGGGGAACAUCAGCACAGGGACCAUGUCCCCCGCCUCGUUCCUCUAGCCUCGCCAAGCCCCUGGGCCUCAGGCUGCCACUCUGGGAUGAGGCCAAGGGUGCUUCCUCCCAGCUCAGGGAGCCAGCACCUGUGUGUUCUCCAUGCCCUGUUAAAGGGCUCACCAAGAUCCCCACCCGGCUGCCACCUGCCCGCCCCCCCACACCAGGAAGCAGCUUUCCAGGUGCUGCACGUGAAAGUCCCAGGACAGAACUUGGGAGAGGCCCCAUCCCAUUAAGCACCACUGGGGACCUGGCUGGAUCCAGACAUGAGGACUGCUCUGUGGAAGUGAGGCACAGGGACCAGAAGCCGGACAUCCAGGACACAGCAGAGGCCGGAGAGCCCUGGGGCCUGGGCCCAUGGGAGCGGGAGGGAAGGUACACUCCCCUGCCCCUGGGCAGCACCAGGGAGCAAGCCAUCCACCACAGCCUUGAAGAGGAGACUUUGGCCAAGAUGAAGCUGCUAGAGGUGGGGGGUGCCUGUCCCCAGGGCAGAGGGUCUGGGGUCAUUCCUCGAAGUGGAGUCUACGUUCCCAGCCUGGGUGGGCGGUGGCCUGAGCCUGGGAGUGCUUACGACAGAGUCAUCCAAGAACUGGCCCAGGGCCUCCCACCCCUCUUUAAAGUGGACCUAGAAGCCUGGAAGGCAGCCCCGACAUGCUGCCCUAAGCCAGCUGGCACCGCGGGCCCAGGGAGCCCAAAAGGGAAGCUGGGAGCCAGAGAGCAUGGGCCAAGGACAGAGGCAAGUGCCAAGAGCCUGAGUGCCAAGGGCACCAGCGCAAGGAAGGUCCCACCUCAAGGAGGGCAGGACUGCUCAGGCCCUACUGUGUCUGCCAGCCCGCCAGGCCCCGCACCUUUGCCCUUGAACCCCAGUUCUGACAAAGCCAAGGCAUGUCUGGGCAAGGGCAAGAGAACACUCCGGAAACCCCAGAGGGUCCCAUCCAUCUACAAGCUGAAGCUGAGGCCCAGGAUCCGGCCCCGGAGAGACCACAGGCCUGAGAAGCGGCCUUCGCGAAUCCCCAAGCCACUGGCCCACCUCUGCCUGGGUCCAGCCAGGGCACCCCCCAGGGGCAAGCUCUUGAGGGCUGGGCGGGGCAGCAAGGGAGGGGAGGCUUCUCCAGUGGCUGGAGUGUCAGCAGGUGAGAAGAGGGAGGAACAAAAGGAGAAGAAAGAGCCAGCCGCCCCACUGGAGAGUGGCCCACAGCCUCUGGGGGGCCUGGGGCUGCAGCAGCUUGGCGGAGCCCUGCUCCCACCCGAGGAGGAGUCCUGGGUCUAAGGGCCUGAGGGUGCUGCAGAUGAGCGCAGCAAAAAGGGCGCCCACGUUUCCACUGGAUUCACUGCUGCAGGCCCACAAGACAGGGCCUGGGCCAGGAGGCCGGCAGAGGGUAAAUACAGCCUCAAUCUGUUCAUUUGAGCAAAGGAGCAACCCAUUGUUCCCACUCCCACUCCAGAGGAAGGCCAGGGGCGGUGGGGCCCCUCCCCAGAACAGCUCCCCAAACUCCUGGCCUCUGGUCUCUAGCCAUGCCCCUCAUUUCUGCAAGUCCUGUAAGUUAUUAAACACAUGUGGGUC